AUGGCAACCCAGACGAUGAUCGACAGCGUGAACGAAAUUCCUGUCCAGAACUACUAUCCUUCCCUUUUCCAUGGACCAGCAGAUCCUCCGUUGGUGGACCUGACAUUGGGUGACUUCCUCGAUGCGCAAUGCCGACGGUAUGGAGAUCGCGAAUGUGUAGUGAUACCCUGGAGCGGCGACAGGUGGACAUACGAUGAUUUGAGGGAACAGAGCGCAUCGUUAGCCCGAUACCUUCUGGCCAGAGGCGUACAGCCGGGUGAUCAUGUGGCCAUCCUGGCAGGAAACCGCGCAGAGUAUGCAAGCGUAUUCUUCGCAUGCAUGAGGCUGGGUGCCGUUCUCGUCAUCCUGAACAACACAUAUACCACGCCAGAAGCGGAACAUGCUCUUCACUACACAGAGACCAAGGUGUUAUUCGCGACUCCUUUUAUUGGCCGACAGGAUAACCGUGCCAUGCUCAAACGCUUCAAUGCAUCCGCGGGCCCAUUGCCCAAACUCCAACAGACAAUCCUACUCGAGGGAAGCCAGGACGGUCUGCUUGACUAUCGAACCGCAGUCCUGGUCGGUGAGCGACUCCCAGAAGCUCCACUGAGGCAGAUACAAGAUGGUCUGAGUCCAUAUGAGACUUGUAACUUGCAGUUUACCUCUGGUUCCACGGGCCAUCCCAAGGCAGCAAUGCUGACCCACCACGGUCUGCUGAACAACUCAAGGUUCAUAGGCGAUCGCAUGAGCCUUACACAAGAAGAUGUUCUUUGCUGCCCGCCGCCACUGUUUCACUGCUUCGGUCUCGUAUUGGGACUUUUAGCAGUCAUGACGCAUGGCGCAAAGAUCGUAUAUCCGUCGGAAGUGUUUGAUGGACCCUCAGUGCUGGAAGCGAUCAGUACCGAGCGCUGUACUGCAGUUCAUGGUGUUCCUGCCAUGUUCGAUACACUGUUCAGUCUUCCCCGGCCCGCCAACUUCGACUGUAGCAGACUGCGAACAGGGAUCAUUGCUGGUGCUCCGGUCCCGCGACAUUUGAUGGAACUGCUCGUGAAUGAGUUCGGUAUGACGGAGUUCACAAGCAGUUACGGCCUGACUGAAGCUUCGCCUACAUGCUUCAAUGCAUACGUGGACGACACCAUUGACCGCCGAUUGACAACGGUGGGCACUUUGAUGCCACAUGCCCAUGCGAAGAUUGUGGACAGGAAUGGCCAGAUCGUCCCAGUCGGCACCCGGGGCGAGCUUUGCAUGGCCGGCUACCAACUGCAACAAGGCUAUUGGCGCAAUCCAGAGAAGACCGCCGAGGCGAUGGAAAGAGACGAGAAUGGCGUGCUGUGGCUACACACCGGCGACGAAGCGGUGUUCGACAGCCAUGGCUAUUGCAGCGUCACCGGGCGCUUCAAGGACAUCAUCAUCCGGGGAGGCGAGAACAUCUACCCGCUUGAGAUCGAGGAGCGCCUCGUCCAGCAUGCGGCCAUAGAUCGUGCGAUUGUUGUUGGGCUCCCACACCCGCGAUACCAAGAGGUGCCUGCCGCUUUCCUGCAGCGGACGGAAGGUUCGGAGAGCCCAUCUUUAUCCCAGAUUCAAGACUUUGUUCGCGAGCGUCUCGGUCGACACAAAGCUCCUGUGCACGUCUUCUGGCUUGGUGAGGAUGGUGUUUCGGCGGACCUUCCCAUCACUGGCAGUGGUAAGAUCCAGAAGUACAAGCUGAAGCAGACUGGACAAGAGCUUUUGGCAGCUUCCAAAGGUCCUCAGGCGAAGUUGUAA